AUGGAUUUGAGAUUAAACAUUCGAGUUGAAAAUUUAUUUACCGAAACAACACAAGAAAGCUUCUUGAGUAGGACGGAAGAAUCUCUAAAGUCUUUGUCAUUAAAGUUCAUCACAAAUUGCAAAGGCAAAUUCAAACUUAAGAUCAAGAAUCUCAUAAAUGGCAAACAACUUUUAAAUUCAACUCAUGCUUGA